UUUCAAAGCCAUGGAGGCACUAAGACUCUUCAUACUCUUCCUUCUUCUAUCAUCAAUAACAAUUAUCGUUGGAGCAUUCAGGGCUGAUGACAUGAUUGAUGAAGACGAGGACUUGAGCAACUUCGAUGAUUUUCUAACCCCUGAUUUUGGAGGAUCCAAGCCUUUGAUACGACUAAGUGGCCGCUCCCUUGCUCAGCAAAAACUUCCGGGAAAUUAUACCUGUGACGUAUAUCCAAGAGUUUGUCGUCUGAAGGGCAGUGCUGGACCAGAUUGCUGCUACAAGAAAUGUGUCAAUGUGAAGACUGAUAGCUUGAACUGUUUUAUGUGUGGCCACAAGUGCAAUAAUGGUGAAAUCUGCUGCAACGGAAAAUGCAGGAACAUAUUAUCCGAUAAGAAUAAUUGUGGUGGAUGCAACAACAAGUGCAAAUCUGGUGAAAUCUGCUGCAAUGGAAAAUGCAGGAGCAUAGUAUCCGAUAAGAAUAAUUGUGGUGGAUGCAACAUCAAGUGCAAAGCUGGUGAAUUCUGCUGCAAUGGAAAAUGCAGGAGCAUGGUAUCCGAUAAGAAUAAUUGUGGUGGAUGCAACAUCAAGUGCAAAGCUGGUGAAAUCUGCUGCAAUGGAAAAUGCAGGAGCAUGGUAUCCGAUAAGAAUAAUUGUGGUGGAUGCAACAUCAAGUGCAAACCUGGUGAAAUCUGCUGCAAUGGAAAAUGUAGGAGCACAUCAAACGAUAAGAACAAUUGUGGUGGAUGCAACAUCAAGUGCAAAUCUGGUGAAAUCUGCUGCAAUCGAAAAUGCAAGAACAAGUCGAACGAUACUAUAAAUUGUGGUGGAUGCAACAUCAAGUGCAAAUUUGGUGAAAACUGCUGCAACGGAAAAUGCAAGAAUACAUUGUACGAUAAGAACAACUGCGGCGGAUGCAACAUCAAAUGCAAACCUGCUGAUCGCUGUGAUUAUGGGUUCUGCGGUUAUGCAUAAAAUUCUUGGUUACAAAGGCUCAAUCAAUACUUAUACUUUUUCAUUGUUUCUUCAUACUGAAAUUUCCCUCUGUUCAUUUUGAUUACAAUUACAAAUUCUGUGAGAGCUAUGUAACAUAUAAUUACUUUUAAAAAUGCUUUGUUGUUAAUCACUUCUUACGUGAAUUCCAGUCUGGAGGGUGAGAGUGAUGUCAAUCUGCGACUUGUGAAGAAGGUGUUUACCAAAUAAAGGCUUGGAAAUAAAGCUUAAAAGA